AUCUGCGUGCGGCUCUGCGCCUCGGCGGGGCUGCUUGCGUGUGUCCCAGUCCGCGCUGCCGAAACCCGCUCUUCGAGGGAUCGGCGUCACGUGACUCCGCCUGCCCCUAGCCAGAACGCAGAUCGCCCGUCCCUCAUUUGGCGGGGGAGGGUCAAGCUGCAUCUCCCGGGGCCCCAGGGCUCUGCGGAGAGGAGAAAAGGUUCCAGCGAGUAAUGCUCCACCUAGGUUCAAGAAGCCUCAGUUCGGCGCCAGAUCCCGGAGUGUAGAUCUGGGGUGGGAGAGGACCGCGAGAGGGAGCGAGCGAGCGAGCGCCAGAGAGGCGGCGCAGCGCGCACCGACGAGGGGCUACCCGGUGCCACGCGGGGAAGAUGUAAGCGCGUGGGGUCUCGCUGGCCUCCGAGCACCAUGCAGAAGGGGAUCCGGCUGAACGAUGGCCACGUCGCGUCCCUGGGACUGCUGGCGCGAAAGGACGGCACGCGCAAAGGCUACCUGAGCAAGCGGAGUUCGGACAACACAAAAUGGCAAACCAAGUGGUUCGCGCUGCUGCAGAAUCUGCUCUUCUACUUCGAAAGCGACUCGAGCUCUCGGCCCUCGGGGCUCUACCUGCUGGAGGGUUGCGUCUGCGACCGCGCGCCCUCCCCCAAGCCCGCUCUCUCCUCCAAGGAGCCGCUGGAGAAACAGCAUUACUUCACAGUGAACUUCACCCAUGAGAACCAGAAGGCCUUGGAACUGAGGACUGAGGAUGCAAAGGACUGUGAUGAGUGGGUGGCAGCCAUUGCUCACGCCAGCUACAGGACACUGGCCACAGAGCAUGAGGCACUGAUGCAGAAGUACCUUCACCUGCUGCAGAUAGUGGAGACGGAGAAGAUGGUGGCCAAGCAGCUGAGGCAGCAGAUCGAGGAUGGCGAGAUCGAGAUUGAACGGCUGAAGGCAGAGAUUGCAUCUCUGCUCAAAGACAAUGAACGCAUCCAGUCCACCCAGACUGUCACCCCCAACGAUGAGGACAGUGACAUCAAGAAAAUUAAGAAGGUGCAGAGCUUCCUGCGGGGCUGGCUGUGCAGGCGGAAGUGGAAGACCAUCAUCCAGGACUACAUCCGGUCUCCGCACGCCGACAGCAUGCGCAAGAGGAACCAGGUGGUGUUCAGCAUGCUGGAGGCCGAGGCCGAGUAUGUGCAGCAGCUGCACAUCCUUGUCAACAACUUCCUGCGCCCCCUGCGCAUGGCCGCCAGCUCCAAGAAGCCUCCCAUCACGCAUGAUGACGUCAGUAGCAUCUUUCUGAACAGUGAGACCAUCAUGUUCCUGCAUCAGAUCUUCUACCAAGGCCUGAAGGCCCGCAUAUCUAGCUGGCCCACACUGGUCCUGGCUGACCUGUUUGACAUCCUGCUGCCCAUGCUCAACAUCUACCAGGAGUUUGUCCGCAACCACCAGUACAGCCUCCAGAUCCUGGCGCACUGCAAGCAGAACCGUGACUUCGACAAGCUGCUCAAGCACUAUGAAGCCAAGCCCGACUGUGAGGAGCGCACACUAGAGACCUUCCUUACCUACCCCAUGUUCCAGAUCCCCAGGUACAUCCUCACCCUCCAUGAGCUGCUGGCCCACACUCCCCACGAACAUGUAGAACGUAACAGCCUGGACUACGCCAAAUCCAAACUUGAGGAGCUGUCCAGGAUUAUGCAUGAUGAAGUCAGCGAGACAGAGAAUAUCCGAAAAAACCUGGCCAUUGAGCGCAUGAUCAUUGAGGGCUGUGAGAUCCUCCUGGACACCAGCCAGACCUUCGUGAGACAAGGUUCCCUCAUCCAGGUGCCUAUGUCAGAAAAGGGCAAGAUCACCAGGGGACGCCUGGGGUCUCUAUCCCUGAAGAAAGAGGGUGAGCGACAGUGCUUCCUGUUCUCCAAGCACCUCAUCAUCUGCACCAGAGGUUCUGGAGGGAAGCUGCACCUGACCAAGAAUGGAGUCAUAUCCCUCAUCGACUGCACCUUAUUGGAAGAACCAGAAAGCACAGAGGAAGAAGCCAAAGGAACUGGCCAGGACAUAGACCAUUUGGACUUUAAGAUCGGGGUGGAGCCAAAGGAUUCCCCACCCUUCACAGUCAUCUUGGUCGCUUCAUCCAGACAGGAGAAGGCAGCAUGGACCAGCGACAUCAGCCAGUGUGUGGAUAAUAUCCGGUGCAAUGGGCUCAUGAUGAACGCAUUUGAAGAAAAUUCCAAGGUCACUGUACCACAGAUGAUCAAGUCUGAUGCUUCUUUGUAUUGUGAUGACGUUGACAUUCGCUUCAGUAAAACCAUGAACUCCUGCAAAGUGCUCCAGAUCCGGUACGCUAGCGUGGAACGACUGCUAGAGCGGCUCACAGACCUGCGCUUCCUGAGCAUUGACUUCCUCAACACCUUCUUACAUUCCUAUCGUGUCUUCACCACUGCUGUGGUGGUCCUGGACAAGCUCAUCACCAUCUACAAGAAGCCCAUUAGCGCCAUUCCUGCCAGGUCGCUGGAGCUCCUGUUUGCCAGCGGCCAGAACAACAAGCUUCUGUAUGGAGAGCCCCCCAAGUCCCCACGUGCCACCCGCAAGUUCUCCUCGCCACCACCUUUGUCCAUCAACACGUCAUCCCCGAGCCGCCGGCGGAAGCUGUCCCUCAACAUUCCCAUCAUCACAGGUGGCAAGGCGCUGGACUUGGCUGCACUCAGCUGCAGCUCCAAUGGCUACACCAGCGUGCACUCAGGCAUGUCGCCCUUCAGCAAGGCCCCACAGGACACCAGCAAGCUCUGUGUGGCCAGCAGCUUCACCAGCAAGAUUCCAGAUGAGAAUGAGACCACCCCAACCACGACCCUGAUUCCAAUCUCAACCCCGACCCCAACCCCGACCCCGACCCCAACCCUGACCCCGACCCCAACCCCAACCCCAACCCUGGAGAAGCCUGAGGAGCCUUCAGCCCUCAGCAAGCAGAGCUCUGAAGUCUCCAUGAGACAAGAGUCUGAUGCGGAUCAGAACCAGAGUGAUGAUGGCGACACUGAGACCUCACCAACAAAAUCUCCAACUACACCAAAAUCAGUCAAAAGCAAAAACUCUUCAGAAUUCCCACUCUUUUCCUACAACAAUGGAGUUGUAAAGACCUCAUGUCGUGAACUGGACAGUAACCGCAGUGCCCUCUCAGCUGCCUCUGCCUUUGCCAUAGCAACUGCGGGAGCCAACGAGGGCACCCCAAACAAGGAGAAGUAUCGCAGGAUGUCCUUGGCCACCCCAGGCCCUGCCAGUGCUGUCCUGCCGUCCUGGAGUCCCCUUCUCCCCACCCAGCCCCCUUUGCUCCUUGGCCAAAUUCUACUCACAGCCAAGACUGUCAACCGAGAGAGCCCUGGGCACCCACCCUCCCACCACCCACUUCCACAGCAGCGGUACCACAGCAAAGGGUUUCCCCCUGACCAGAGGAAUGGGGACAAGGAAUUUGUGAUCCGAAGAGCUGCCACCAACCGUGUACUGAAUGUACUCCGCCACUGGGUCUCCAAGCACUCGCAGGACUUUGAAACCAAUAAGAAGCUCAAAUCCAAGAUGAUCAGCUUCCUGGAGGAAGUCGUGCAUGACCCAGAGCUCCUAACACAGGAACGGAAGGCAGCAGCCAACAUCAUCAGGACUCUGACCCAGGAGGACCCAGGUGACAACCAGAUUACACUGGAAGAGAUCACUCAGAUGGCAGAGGGCAUGAAGGCUGAACCCUUUGAAAACCACUCAGCCCUGGAGAUUGCAGAGCAGCUGACCCUGCUGGACCACCUGGUGUUCAAGAAGAUUCCUUAUGAGGAGUUCUUCGGACAGGGCUGGAUGAAGGUAGAGAAAAACGAAAGGACCCCUUACAUCAUGAAGACCACAAAGCACUUCAAUGACAUCAGUAACUUGAUUGCUUCAGAAAUUAUCCGCAAUGAGGACAUCAAUGCAAGGGUGAGCGCCAUUGAGAAGUGGGUGGCUGUGGCUGACAUAUGCCGCUGCUUACACAACUACAACGCUGUGCUGGAGAUCACCUCCUCCAUGAACCGGAGUGCCAUCUUCCGGCUCAAAAAGACAUGGCUCAAAGUUUCUAAGCAGACAAAAGCUUUGAUUGACAAGCUCCAAAAGCUUGUGUCAUCAGAGGGCAGAUUUAAGAACCUCAGAGAAGCUCUGAAAAAUUGUGACCCACCCUGUGUCCCUUACUUGGGGAUGUACCUCACCGACCUGGCCUUCAUCGAGGAGGGAACACCCAAUUACACAGAGGACGGCCUGGUCAACUUCUCCAAGAUGAGAAUGAUCUCCCAUAUUAUCCGAGAGAUUCGCCAGUUUCAGCAGACUGCCUACAAAAUCGAGCACCAAGCAAAGGUAACUCAGUACUUACUGGACCAAUCUUUUGUAAUGGAUGAAGAAAGUCUCUAUGAGUCUUCUCUCCGAAUAGAACCAAAACUCCCCACCUGAAGCUGAAGCCAGCGCAGCCCCAGCCGCUCCUGUGGACACCUGCUAUAUGAUAUUGUACAUAUUCGUUUGGUUCCUCUGGGUUUUCUUCUUCAGUAUGUGCUCCUCCAAGAAUACAAAUCCAUUCUUGUUCUUAGAUUCCCGUAGAACCGGAAUACGAACUUCUGCACCAGCUCAGACUCUGCCCGCCCCCACCCCCUGCAGAGCCUGUUUCUUCAAACAGCUGUACUCCCUGUCAGCCCUCGCAGGCCCUAAAUCCAAUCCAGAGAGGAGACAGAACCCACGUGUCCCAAGUCCCAACCUCCAGUCCCGCUUCGUCCGUCCCAGCCCAGGCCUCUGGGUCGGCUCCGCCACCCAGGCAUCCUCCCAGCAUGUUCCAUGUAGUUGUUAUAACUGGGUAGGGGGAGGAGGGAGGGGGGAGGGGGAAGCCACACCCGCAAGUCAGGUCAUUGACACCUCUUCCCGCUGAUGGUGAUGCCAAUUUCCAAAGCAGCUUCUUCAGCCAAAAUCGCAGGUCUCAAAACUCCCCGUUUGUCUCCCAGUAAACCUGGCUGGAAGGGAGUCCUGUCAGCUGAGAACCAUGCCCCUUGCACCAAUGUCGCCACUUCCAGCACCAUGCUGCUCCCUGCUCUAAGAUUAAUACCAGAUAGCAUGAAAAGCAGGCUCAGUAGGAGUGGACACGGCCCUAGAACUUCUCAAGGAAAAUGGAGUCACAACACCAAGUCAGGGCGACCUUGACCUACCGCUGCCCAGCAUCUACUUGGGGGGGGGGGGCGGCGGGAACAAUGUCAUUUCUCUUUCAGCCGCCUAACAGUCACUACAAGCUUAUACUGAGAUGCUCUAAGUCUGUAUACCUUGUGAUAAUUAGUCCCACGAUGUAGAAUUAGGAAAUUAAUAACCAAGUGUUUUUAUUGCAUAUACUGUAGUCCUGUCUAAAUGCCUUCUAGCAGGAAUAUAGUAACGUAGUGCUUAUUCUGUGAAUACUACCACGAAUUUUUUACAUUGUACAGUAGAGAGAACACAGGUUCACUCAGAAGUGGCAGGCAUGCUCCACUACAACAGACAGACACUUUUGCUGUAAGCAAUACCUAGUGGUAUGAGAAUUCUAUUUCAAGUCCUAAAAUAUUUCAACUUACAGCUUGUUUGGAAAAAAGAAAAUUUCCAUUUUUUGUAAAACUAUAUGUUUCCUGAUUACCUCUUGCUAAUAAAUCUAUUCUAUCUCAGGGU